GAAGCAGCCGCCACCCGAGAGCGCAGGCGCGGCCAGGUUCCCCUCUGGCGGGUGAGGUUUGGCCCCCGCCGGCCGCCGUCGCUGUCUCCAGCUGCCUGACUGAGAGCGCAGGCGCCGCCCGCCAUCUUGUACCCGAAGCUUUUGGAGCUGCCGCCGCCGCCCCUCGGGACCGAGCUCAGCCCGCCAACCGGAGAUGGUUCUAGGAAGCAAAGGAGUCAUUUGAAGAGAGACCAGUGUCUUGAUCCAGUGUCUACGCCUCUGGUGGUUAUGGCCGGGGGAAGAAGGGGACCUAACCGCACAUCUUACUGCCGCAAUCCUCUCUGUGAAACUGGAGCUGCUGGAGGUGCUGGCCACUCCACCAGUUCCUCAGUCACCAGUGUGCGCUCGCGGACAAGGAGCGGUUCAGGAACAGGCCUUUCCAGCCCUCCACUGGCAACCCAGACGGUGGUUCCGCUCCGGCACUGCAAGAUCCCGGAGCUUCCCAUAGAGAGGAGCAUCUUGUUUGAGCUGCAGCUCUUCUUCUGCCACCUGAUUGCUCUCUUUGUCCACUACAUCAACAUCUACAAAACGGUGUGGUGGUACCCUCCCUCGCACCCGCCUUCCCAUACCUCUUUGAAUUUCCAUCUCAUCGACUUCAAUGUCCUGGCGGUGACGACCAUCGUCCUGGCCCGAAGGCUCAUUGGUGCUAUUGUGAAGGAGGUGAAGGAGGCCUCUCAUACGGGCAAAGUCUCCCUGCCACGCUCCAUCUUCCUUGUGGUCACUCGCUUUGCUGUCCUGACUGGAGCAGGCUGGAGUCUCUGCCGAUCCAUAAUCCACCUCUUCAGGACCUAUUCGCUCCUCAACCUCCUGUUCUUGUGUUAUCCGUUCGGCAUGUACGUCCCCUUCCUGCAGUUGAACUGUGACUUCCGCAAGACGUGCCUCUUCUCUCAAGUGGCCAACGUUGGCCCUCGCGACACCAACGAGGUCAGCUCAAGGGGCAAGGACUACCUGUCGGUUCUCAAGGAGACCUGGAAGCAGCACACACGGCAGAUGGACGGCGUGGAAGCCAUGCCCACCCACGCCUGCUGCCUCUCCCCAGAUCUCAUCCGCAACGAGGUGGAAUACCUGAAGAUGGACUUCAACUGGCGGAUGAAGGAGGUGCUGGUGAGCGCCAUGCUCAGCGCCUACUAUGUGGCAUUUGUGCCCGUCUGGUUUGUGAAGAACACUCAGUACUACGACAAGCGGUGGUCCUGUGAGCUCUUCCUCCUGGUCUCCAUCAGCACCUCCGUCAUCCUCAUGCAGCACCUGCUGCCUGCCCGCUACUGCGACCUUCUCCACAAGGCUGCAGCACACCUGGGCUGCUGGCAGAAGGUGGACCCGGCCCUCUGCUCCAACGUGCUGCAGCAUCAGUGGACUGAAGAAUGCAUGUGGCCACAAGGGGUGCUGGUGAAGCACAGCAAAAACGUGUACAAAGCCAUGGGCCACUACAACGUGGCUGUGCCUUCGGAUGUCUCCCACUUCCGCUUCCACUUCUUUUUCAGCAAGCCCUUGCGGAUCUUGAACAUCCUGAUCGCCCUCGAAGGAGCCGUCAUCUUCUACCAGCUCUACUCCCUGGUUGUGUCGGAGAAGUGGCACCAGACCAUCUCCCUCUCCCUGAUCCUCUUCAGCAACUACUACGCCUUCUUCAAGCUCCUGCGGGACCGACUGGUGCUGGGGAAAGCUUACUCGUACUCUGCCAGCAGAGAGGCUGACCAGAAGCUCAACUGAAGGCAGUGCUCUUUUGGCAGCCACCGCUCCUCCUCAUGAGUCACGGGGGCACCGAAGGAGACAGUGCCGGCGGCUCCUCUCCCCCCACCCCCACCCCCGUGCUGCCUGCAGGCUGGCCAUUCGUUUGGUAUUGCUGGGCGGUUAACCGUGCAACUCUACCUGACAAAUGGUCGGCCUGCAGGCAGCGCAGCUCUCAGACAGAGCGGCAGAGGAGCAACCCGAGUGGCCUCCUUCCGCCCCCCCCCCCCCGGCUUGUUAGGACAAGCCACUACUGCCUUGCUGCUUUUGGAGCACCCAUCGCAAGCACGGCGAGGAGGACGAAGGCAAGAACCUCCUUGUGUCUGCUCCAAGGCAGCGGACUCAGGCGGCCCAAAGGACCCCUACGAGGCGCCCCCCCAGGAGGUCUUGCCACCCCCCGGAAGGGGCUGGAGAGAAGCUCUGCAGUCAAGGGCAGACAGGCCAGCCCUGGGCUUGUCUGGUUUUUUGUUUCCGGGUUUGUUUUUUUACCAAUGCUUUUGUUGUAUUUCUUUGAUAACUGAUAUGAUAAGGAAAAUAUCUUAUUUUUGUACUCCCA